AUGGCGCGCCCGGUGCUCGCCGCCACCGCCGCAGACGAGGUGACCUCUGCGCCUCUCGUCGCCUUCGGGUGGUCGCACGACGUGUUGGACCCGAUAUUUCGCUUCUCCUCACUAGGCGAUGACCCCGGCUCGGGAUGGGUCGGCGGCGCGGCCUCCGCCCGGAGAGAAUAUAACGGGACCUCGUGGGUUGCGACGCGAGCGCCAGGCGCAAGCGUCAGCGCCUCCUUCUGGGGCAGCGAUAUAUACUGGUACGGCGAGCCGAGCAGCGCCAACCUCACGCUGACGGUGAACGGCGUCGAGGCGCCGGAUAAGCGCGAGAACCGCCUCGUUGCGUAUACCAGCGGCAUCCCGCCGCUGGGGUAUACUAACGUGACACUCACGGUGAACUCGGGAUUCGUGAAUCUCACGAUGGUGAAUAUCAGGCGGUACGCGUACGUGGCGAAUGUCCCGCAGAACAUGUACAUCGGUGACAUCAUGCUGCGGGGCUCUUGGUGGGAUUUGCCUGUGUCGGCGUGGCGUGCGGUCGAAGGGGGAGCAGCCAAUGCCAACUUCACUACGAGCGGGGCGUGGAAUGUGCGCUCCGAGCUCGCCAGCAUCGCCCUCCCUCAUCUUGUGGGCUCCCCUGGCGCGUCGCUUCGAUUCAACGUGCCCCCUCGCACGACGUAUCUACAGAUAAAUGGGACGGCCACGAACACAGCCGCGCGGUAUACGGUGUCUCUCUCCCCGGACCCCCUGCAGGGCGGCCCCGCGAUGUCGACGAUGACGGCGCGGGCGUGGCCACACGUCGUGGAGUACUUUGGCCUUCCCCUUGAUCCGGCACAGCAGUAUGCCGUGAGCGUCACGACGCUGGAGGGGGAUGUCGGACUUCAGAGCAUCUUGUUUAUUGGUGACGAUUAUCAUGCGCGCGGGGAUCUCGUAUCAACUCUCCCGCCAGGCAUGAACGACGGCUCGGGCGGCGGCCAGACGACCUCUGGGUCCGAAGCGUCUUCUGGCUCCAGCAAUGGAUCCGGUGCCAAUCCAGGAGGGAGCCCGGGUUCUGAUGGAACGAGUCCUAGCACUGGCGCAGACCCUGGCAAUGGGGGCAGAAGGGGAGGCAAGCCCAAUAUCGGUGCAAUAGUCGGCGGAGUCCUCGGCGGUGUCGCCCUCCUCGUCGCCCUCGCCCUUGCUCUCUGGCUUCUCCGCAAGCACAAAAGCAAACGGAGCACGAUUUACAGCGCUUUUGAGGUAGACGAUGCCGCGCCGAAGCCGCAGGCCUUCUACAGAAUUUCCUCACGUCGGAGCAGCGAAAAGCCGCACUUGCACACAAGGGACGACAUAGCGCUGUCGCCCAUCUCUGCCGAGCGCGCACCUACCCCCCUGCUCGCGCGCACGGAGGAUCCACCCCCCUCCAUUUCCUCUCCUAGCGAGUACCACCCACUUUCGUCCGCCGGCACGACUGGACCCUCGACUCCCGUCCAGAGCACCCAAUCGCACGCCGUACCUUCUGCCUCGACACCGCCUGCGCCUUCCCAUGAUCCCAAGCUGGAACGUCCUUCCGCGCCGCGUCCCCGCCGGGUACGAGAGACAGGCCCAGACGAGCUGCAGGAAACGGACGCGGGACGGAUCGUGGCGGUUGCGCCCCCGCGAUAUGAUCCGGCGUGGCGGGAUGAGUGA